UGUAAGGAGGACAGUUCCAGCUGGAGGUCAUUGACUGAGCAGAGACUUUCCGGCCGAAUGUGCUGACACGUUGCAGGCUUCUUGCUGCCUGAAAAGUCUUGGUCCCAAAAUAGGGUGAUGGUGUAUUUCUGGCCGCCGUCUUCGUGCCCUAAGAAAGUUAAAGAACUCGGGAGAAGGGGGAGGGUCCGGGCGGAUCCGACACCUGAUGCCGCUGGCCCCAGCAGCCGAGCAGCCACAUAAAUAGGAGGCGAAGGGGCUCUUCGGAGAGCACCGUCUGUGAGGAGGAAGAGUUUGUCCUCGCUGUCGCUGCUCCUGCGGAUCCUCAGCCAUGUCAUUCUCAGCAGACGAGGUGGCGGACUUUAAGGAGGCAUUCCUCCUGUUUGACAGGACUGGCAAUUCCAAGAUUUCCCUCAGCCAGGUUGCAGAUGUCAUGCGUGCUCUCGGCCAGAAUCCAACCAACGCUGAAGUAAAAAAGAUCCUGAACAACCCCAGCCACGAGGAGAUGGUCAAUAAAUUCAUUGACUUUGACCAGUUCCUGCCCAUGCUCCAGACGAUGGCCAACCAUAAGGACCAGGGCUCCUAUGAAGACUUUGUUGAGGGUCUGCGCGUCUUUGAUAAGGAGGGCAACGGCACUGUGAUGGGGGCUGAACUUCGCCACGUUCUGGCCACACUGGGUGAGAAGCUGACAGAGGAACAGGUAGAACAACUACUGUCAGGUCAAGAGGAUCCCAACGGGUGCAUUAACUAUGAGGCUUUUGUCAAACACAUCAUGUCCAUUUAAAAUGGAUCCCCAUGAAUUGGUGCAGAUGGUUCUAAAUGGUUGAACACCUGACAGGCCCAAGACAUUACAUCAUGGAACUUGUGCCUUUCUGACCAAUGCAAGCAAUAUCUUUUUUUGGACUGUGCAAGAAUCACAUUUUUUUACUUGUAUCCAAUGGACCGCAUUUCAAACAACAAAAUGAGGAAGAACAGAAAAAUGUUGAAAUUUGCAGUGGCAAACCUGAUGGAUAGAACUACUUAGUUUGUCCAUGAUGUUUGACACAAUUGGAAAGUGCACGUGGCUGUCAACAUCCAAUAAAGUCUCGGUGGCCACUCUGUGGCUGUAUCAUCUAUAUUAUACCCUACAUGCAACUCUCUUUCUUCAUUAACUCUGUACAGUGCACUUAAAAAAACAAAAUACACAUAAAAUGUUAAAGAA